AUGGCCAUCAUAGCAGAAGUUGCGAGGGAGAUGGCCCUAGACAGCGACGUGGACGCUGACACUUCCCACUUGGGCAUGGGAAGCGCCGGAACAGUCUCCACUCCCGAUACGGAGGUCACGCCACCAGAGAGCCCUGUCCAGCAGCACCGGAGCCAUCUCUCGAGUGAGAGACUGUGGGCCAAGAAGAAGCUGUCUCAGCUCACUCAAGAAGAGAAGGUCUCACUCCUCACCGCUGCGGACUUCUGGAGGACGAAAGCCAUCACCUCGAAAGGGAUCCCGGCAGCAAAGACGAGUGAUGGACCAAAUGGUGCCCGUGGAGGGAUCUUCGUCGGCGGCACAAAGGCGGCUCUAUUUCCAUGUGGCGUGUCACUAGCCGCAACAUGGAACCAGGACUUGCUUUACGAGGUCGGCCAGCACCUCGCGGACGAGGUCAAGGCGAGGUCCGCCCAUAUCCUGCUCGCGCCCACUGUUUGCAUGCACCGCCAUCCUCUGGGAGGCAGGAAUUUCGAGUCCUUUUCGGAAGAUCCGCUUCUCACGGGGAAGCUCGCGGCGCAGUACAUCCAGGGCUUGCAACAGAAAGGCGUUGCUGCCACUAUCAAGCACUUUGUCGGAAAUGAACAGGAGACUCACCGAUUGACCAUAAACUCUAUUGUUCAGGAGCGGCCGUUACGAGAGCUAUAUCUCAAGCCAUUCGAAAUUGCCGUGCGGGAGGCAAACCCGUGGGCUAUCAUGUCCUCCUACAACCUCGUAAAUGGUGUUCACGCGGACAUGAAUACGCUCACUCUGAAAGACAUCUUACGCGGCGAGUGGGGAUACGAUGGCACAGUGAUUUCAGACUGGGGCGGCAUAAACUCAACUGAGGAGUCAAUCGUGGCAGGAUGUGACAUUGAAUUCCCCUUUUCCACAAAAUGGAGAUUUGAAAAAGUCCUAGACGCGCUCAAAAAGGGUAAAAUCUCACAGGCGGACAUCGACCAAGCGGCUGAGAACGCGCUGACCCUGGUCCACCGAGUCACGGGUGGUGAAGCAUAUACCGAGGAGCCGGAGAGGCAAGACAACCGGCCGGAGACGCGGGCGCUGAUCAGGGAGGCCGGAACCCAAGGUCUGACGCUGCUCAAGAACGAGGGCGGCAUCCUCCCCAUCAACCCGAAAACUGCGAAGCUGGCUGUGAUCGGCCCCAAUGCCAACCGCGCAAUCGCUGGGGGUGGGGGGAGUGCCAGUCUGAACCCUUACUACAACACACUUCCCCUUGACAGCAUCAAGAACGCCGCAGAGAAGGAGGUGAUCUAUGCCCAGGGCUGCCACAUCAACAAGUGGCUUCCUGUCGCAUCGCCAUAUUGUAAAACGCAGGACGGGAAGCAGGGAGUCACAAUUGAUUGGUUUGCAGGAGACAAGUUCAAGGGGACACCAGUCGUACAGCAGAGAAGGACGAACACGGAUCUCUUCCUAUGGGAUUCGGCGCCGCUCUCACAGGUCGGCCCGGACUGGUCGGCAAUCGCGAGGACGUCCUUGGUACCGACAAUAUCAGGGAGGCACACCAUCAGCUUCAUGAGCGUCGGGCCGGGAAAGCUGUACCUCGACGGAAAGCUCGCUCUGGACCUUUGGGACUGGACGGAGGAGGGGGAGGCCAUGUUCGACGGCUCGGUGGACUAUCUCGUAGAGGUGGACAUGGAGGCCGGCAAGGCCGUGGAGCUCAAGGUGGAGAUGACGAACGAGCUGCGGCCGAUCUCGAAGCAGAAGCAGUUCAACAUGACGCACAAGUACGGGGGCUGCCGCAUCGGCUUCAAGCAGGAGGACAAGGUCGACUACCUCCAGGAGGCCAUCGAGGCGGCGAGACAGGCCGACGUCGCUGUUGUGAUUGUCGGUCUUGAUGCGGAGUGGGAGUCCGAGGGCUACGACAGGCAGACGAUGGACCUGCCGUCGGACGGCAGCCAGGACCGCCUGGUGCAGGCUGUCGUCAAGGCCAACCCGAAAACCGUUGUUGUGAACCAGUCCGGGUCGCCGGUGACGAUGCCGUGGGUUGAUGAGGUGCCUGCGAUCAUCCAGGCGUGGUACCAGGGCCAAGAGGCUGGCAAUGCGCUGGCCGACGUCCUGUUCGGCUUCAAGAACCCCAGUGGGAAGCUCCCGUGCACCUUCCCCAAGGCACUCACAGACACACCAGCGUACCACAACUGGCCCGGCGAGAACCUUGGCGUCGUCUACGGUGAGGGAUUGUACAUCGGGUACCGGCACUACGAGCGCGCCAACAUCGCGCCGCUGUUCCCCUUCGGCCACGGCCUCUCGUACACGACGUUCGAGUACGGGCGGCCCUCGCUGAGCGCAAGGGUGCUCUCCGAGGACGGCCCGGCGCUCGAGCUGCUGGUGGCGGUGAGCAACAUCGGCGAGGCGGACGGGUUCGAGACGGUGCAGGUCUACGUGCGCGACGAGAAGUCGAGGCUGCCGCGGCCCGAGAAGGAGCUCGUCUCGUUCGAGAAGGUCUUCCUCGAGAGGGACCAGACCAGGCACCUCCGGAUCAGGAUCGACAAGUACGCCGUCGGGUACUAUGAUACCUCGCUGCGGGCGUGGAUCGCUGAGGAGGGGAGGUUUGAGGUCCUCAUCGGGGCGUCGUCGGCUGAUAUCAGACGGAAAAUAUCGUUCGAAGUCAAGGAGUCCUUCACCUGGGUCUUUUAG